GACCGCUGAAAAUGGAGGAUGAACGGGAUAAGMUAUCUUCUCUUCGAGUUCUYACUCUAAAUUGCUGGGGAAUUCCAAUUCCUUUUGUCUGCAAAGAUGUCAAGAAACGUUUCUAUCACAUUGCAAAAGAACUUGCAACUGGAAAGUAUGAUAUUGUCUCGUUACAAGAGGUUUGGGAUAAGGCUGACUAUCAYUAUGUCCGUACAGUUGUUGCUGAUGUCCUUCCCCAUGCCUUCUACUACUUCAGUGGAGUUUGCGUAUUCUCCAAGUAUCCCAUCACAGACACGUUCACCUACAGAUAUUCUCUGAAUGGCUACAUGCAUAUGGUUCACCAUGGYGACUGGUAUGGUGGGAAAUCUGUUGGCUAUUGUAUUAUUGAACACCCUAACCAACGUCUACACUUCUUUACUACACAUUUACAUGCCGAAUACAAUCGUAAGAAUGACAAGUACCUUGCACACCGGACUGUCCAAGCAUUUCAACUGACAGAGUUUAUCAAUCAUCUCACCAAACCUUCUGAUUGUGUCAUUGUGUGUGGAGAUAUGAAUACUGAGCCUGUCGAUCCAUGUUACCGGGUUAUUAAGGAUAUUCCUGGAUUAACGGAUGCUUGGUAUGAAAUAAAUGGACAGAAGAAAGGUUUCCAUGGUUACACUUGUGAUAURAGAAGCAAUAUCUACACAUCAAGUGACAUGAUCAGAAGUGAGAUUGAUGGCAAGAGGAUAGAUUACAUAUUCUACAAAUCAGCUGGGAACAACUUACAGUGUGUGGAGUGCGAUGUGGUGAUGGGUCAGAUUCCUGGCGAAAAUAUCCCAUAUUCUGAUCACGAAGGAGUUGCAGCAACUUUUCGAAUUCAGKCACAAGAUGAACAUGAUGGAAUAUCUACUAAAGAUAAGGACACAGUCUCCCAGAAGAACGCUCUAAUGGAAGUCUCCAGCAUUAUUCAGGACGGUAUUCACAAUACGCACAAAGGGCGUCCAUCAAUGUAUUUAACGAUUAUUUGUCUCAUAUUGUUUAUAUUUUUACCAUGCAAGCACUUUCAGUCAAUUACUAGCAUUAGUCCUAUAGUUCUUCAUACGUUCCAGGURAUGUCGGCCRUGUUUCUUUCUGCRUACGUGUUUCAUUCUAUUCUUCUUAAGAGUGACGAACACCAUGCUUAUCGCAAUGUUAAACUUGAAGUUGAUUUACAAUUGAGGCAGCUAGAAAUGAGGAAGUCUUAGGGGUUGUUAGUCUCGCUCUGUGCGCACCUAUAUUCGUUUCGGRAUUCCUGUUUACCGGGCUAUUUGAGACUGGGAUCCACUAGGUUUCCAGGGCUAUCUCUGAAGGCUUCAGUUAAAAGAUGUCAAAGAGUUACGCCUGCUACCUAGUAGUGGAAGCCUAGUAUCUUAUAUGUUAAUUAAGGGCAUUAGUCCUCUGGAGCUUCUACGUCAUAUACUGUAUACGCAAUGCAUUGUAGGAUAUGUUUGGGACAAACAUGGCGGAUUUCUUUUGUUUUCUUCAGAAAMUGAUCCCACAAUGCAUAGCAGGUCAAGUAGGUGACGUAACAGCSACAGGAAAAUAAGCACAAAACGUGAAGAAAAAAAAAACGGAGCAAAAAUAACAUAUGAUAACAGCGUUCUACAAGUCGUAGGUUGCGUACAAUUGUUGUAGGCAAGUCGUAGGGGCAUUUACAUUGCGCGAUUCAGGCCGAUUUAGACGGCACGACUUUUGCCUACAACCACCGCAUGGAACCCGCGUAAGUCGUCCUUACAACUUGGCUACAACUGUUGUAGGGAUUUAAAAACAAUUGCUUAAUAGCCCUACGACAGUUGUCGCCAUGUUGUAAGGAUGACUUAAGCAGGUUGCAUGCGAUGGUUGUAGGCAAAAGUUGUGCCGUCUAAAUCGGCACUUAGGAGCUCCGCCUGCAUUUUAGUUUGCCUUUGUUUUUUUUUCGUAGCGGCUUAUGCUUAUGCAAUGUGAAUCGUCAAUGUUUACUUUGGCAAAGUUGUCAUGCGUCAGCCAUAUUGCAGCAGUUUUAUCUAACCCAAGGACGUGCUAACAGCUUGCCUUWUCGCGACAGAUGUCAUAUUUCGCGACACUAAUUCGAACAUGCUAGAAGUUUUAUUGCAGGGUAUCUCUAGCGCAGUGAGUUUGCGCAGACUUUAACACCUUCACCGACUCCCACAUUGCCCGACAAUUUGCCAGAGUAAACAGAUCUUCAAUGAUUUUCAAUGGAAAAUACUAAUGAAAAAAA